AUGGCGUCCCUUCCAACGCUGGAUGAUGACAGUGACUACGAAUUUUCGCUGGAAGAGGAGACACUCCUGAGCCAGCUGGUCACAGACCACACCACGACGCAGCCGAUUGUACCCAUUGCGUCGGCGAUUAUUCCGAACCAGGUAGAAACACCGCCACGGUCUCAACCAGAUCAUGCAUUUCACGACGCCCAGGCUGGCCAUGGGUUCGCGCUCAAGCGUCCAUCUGGUGCGUGGGCUAAAGACCCCAAGUCGUGGUCCACAGGCAGCCUGGCAGAACCACCGAGCGCCCUCGAGAGGGUUCUGCGUGACGACCAAGUUGUCAGCUAUCCCGAUCUCGGCAAAGCAUUAUCCACCUUUGUGGCCCCUGAAGCCCCAACGCAAACAGGAACCCGUUCUGUUGCCGACCCAGACACGCGCUCGCCGCUCGUACGCUUUCGGUCAUUUCCCAAGAAGCCCUUUUCAGUGAGCGAUCUGACAGCCGGGUCAUGGUGCGAGCUGCAAUACUUCUACACGUUGACAAGACUUCCGUAUGGCAGAAAGACCCGGACCGUGGCUAUGAAGGAGGGCACCAAGCUACACAAGGAGCUCGAGGAUGAAGUGCAUACAACGGUCCGUGUUGAGGUUGUGAGCAAAGAGGAUGCGUUCGGUCUGAAGGUGUGGAACUUGAUACAGGGCCUCAGAACGCUGCGCGACACGGGCCUGACGCGUGAGCUCGAGGUCUGGGGUUUUGUGGACGGUAACCUCGUCAAUGGCGUCAUUGAUGGCCUGAGUUACGAUCACCCUGACCCAGAGUUUGAGGCCGAGCUACGAAAAAGCCAAGAGUCGCAGCCUAGCAUCACCGACUACUUUGCGUCACAGAAACCUGGCACGCAGAGGAUACCGCAAAUCUACCUCACCGAUGUCAAGACUCGGGGCAAGCGCAGCACGGCCAACGCGGCGCAGCUAAGGCCGGCCAAGGUGCAGCUGUUCCUGUAUCACAGAUUCUUAUCGGUCAUGGCAGCUGAGAAGCUGGACUAUCUACGAAUAUUCCGGCGGUACAACCUUGACCCUGAUGAGCCCUUUUCCGACUCGUUCAUCGCACAGAUUGCGAGUCUACACGACGACGAAUUCUUUGAUAUCGACCAUCCAAGCCAUGACGAGUACGUGCCCAAGGCGUCCGGCAGCCAAAAGCUCGCGGACGGUUCUCAAACAUCAACUGUCUCUUCGGCCCCGGAUUUCAUCAAGUACAGGACAUUACGCGAGCUUCUGCCGCUGCUCGUUGCUGAGCUGAAACAGACAUUCCCUCAUGGCGCCGACUCUGUUGGCCGUCUUCUUUCGGUGGAGUACCGAUACCGCACCGACGGGUCGCUGAUCGAUAACCGCAUCUUUCCCAUGGAUGACAGUGCCCUCGAUGCCUACAUCGGCGGUACCAUGCAAUGGUGUAAGGCAAAGCGGGAGCACAAAGGCGUGCAGAUCGAAGAUGCCUGGAAAUGCCUGUAUUGCGAGUUCGCGAGGUGUGCACGUGGCGCAAGUCGAUGGACGAGGGGAGACUGCGGAUCUCACGGGAACGGCUGGAGGUGA